AUGUAUUUACAAGCACUUAUUCUCUCGGUCCUCGUGGCCAUGGGUGAAGCUCGAUUCGCUCAAGAACAAGUCCCCAUACCAGCUAUUUCCGCUCUUGGGGCAUUUGGAAAUUCAGGAGACGCAGCUACCCUCGCCGGCCAAUCCAUCUCAUUUCUCCUCGCUGCCGCCAAUCCCUGUGGCAAGCUUUCCCAGGCGGACAAAAUCGUCGCAACUCUCGGCACCGACCCACAAGUCAUUGCUGCUGCUCGUGGUCUCGUCGCCGCUGAGCAGAAUUUCAAUCCCUUCAAUGUCGCCAUCCCAUCCAUCUGCAGCGAUGUCUCUCUUCCCGCCACUGCUGAGCUCCGCGGAGUCGUUCCCCUCGUCGACCCUGCUGUCACAGGAUCUGAUGACGAAAAUUCCAAAUCUGCCACCUCGCUUAAUACCCCGUUUGAUGCUACUGGACUGAGCGUUGCCGAAGUGAUGGCCGCUCAAGGAUUCAGUAACUUUACCACAAAGGCCGCUGAUGGCACCGCAGGGGCUGCUCCAGCUGCUGGAAUCGGAGGGGUGGCUGCUUCAUCUGCAUUACCCCCAGUCUCGUCGAAUGUGGCCUCGAUUGUCAGUGCUGCUGUUGGUGCCUGCGCGCCACCAACAACUCUUGUUCCUGCAACAAGAGCUACCGCAUCAACAGCUUCCUCCGCCUCUCAGGAUGCUGUUGCUAGCUCUGGGAAUGCCACAGCUGCAGAACCAGCCCCUGGUGGAGCAGGAGCAGUAAGAGAUGCCGUCAAAGGAAGCUUUGGUGGCUUCGUCGCCUCCUCUAUCGCCGGAAACGACUUCGGAACCUGCACGCCCACUAUCAAGUUCGAGGCCGGACUGAACGGCCGUAAAGAGACCGAGUUCACAUUUCAAGCCAUCGAUCCCGUCGUCAACAAGGGUCAGCAAGAAGCCCUGAACCCAAACAUCAUCACCAACCGGAUCUGCGAUCAACUGGGUAACGUCUGCGGAGCUAGCGAUGCUGGCAAAGCCGCGUGCUUGUCGGCGAAGGCUACGAUCUCUGCUCUUGGGACCAGGGAUCAGACUACUGCUGACAGGUGGAAUGAGUUGCUUGGAUUCGCUGGCACAGAUACCAACCCCGAUCAGGCUCCCAAGACUGGCCUUGUUGGCCACACCUAG